AUGUGGCCGAACGCUCGGCUCAGCUCCAACCAAGCAGCGGACACCAUGACCAACUGGGCGAUUUAUACCACAGUGCCGGUGUCUACGGGCAAAACCCCAUCUCCGUACACCGGCAGCACCAGUCCCAGUAGUGGAGAGGACACCCCCAGCACAUCGGACAACCGUGCCGAAACAGUCCCCACCGGCACUUCCGGCAACAAGCCCGGCAUCAACUCAAUGUGGCUCAACUGGAAGAAUCCAAACACGGUGCUGGACCUAUGCGCCGAGACCGAGAGCGGCUCAGCGCUCGAGAUGCGCCGCCAAAAGAACCGCGAGUCCAUGCGGCGUUCACGACAGCGCCAACGUGACCAACUGCAGCUACUACGCGAUGCUGUGGCCGGCCUGGAAGAGCAGUACAAGUCGCUCCGACUACGUUCCGACUCGUCGGAACAUCUCCCGGACGCCAAUUCCGACAGCAAUCGGAAAUUUGCCCAAGCAGUCGAACUGUCCAAGCAGUUAGGCGCCGAGAACCUGUACCUAAAGGCGUCCAUCCAGUACCAAGCGUCCUGGAAGCUAGAGCUCCGACGAGUCAUGGAGACGACUGUGGCACUGGACGAGUUCACCGCUUCAGCGUCGACGCCGCCCUCGCCGUUCCCGUUCAAGUUGGAAAUGAUGACCGAACAGGAGGCCGAGUCGGUCUUCGGCUUCCAUCCGCUCUCGGAACGGGACGUAAAGGACAUUAUCCUGCAGAAUACAAGGACUGUCAAGCGGGUGCAGCAUCAGCUGCUGACCACGAACAGCAAGGAGAGCGCGGAUAACAACAGCGACCACGAGAUCGCCGACGAAGAGGUGGCCGGCAAGAUCGACCGUUCGGAACUCUUCGGAUGGGAUCUGCGACGACGUGUCCGAGGCAGCGACAUGGAGUUCGUCUUCACCAAGCGGUUCAAGAAAUUGUCCGUGUCGGAGCUCAUGCAAAAGGCCUGGGUGAACGAAAUGUGCUUGAAAGGCGCCCAGGUGGUCAAGUACGACGUCCAGCGGCUGGAAAUGCUGCAAGAAGUCAACACGAACGCCUACGUGCUCGGUCGCGACGUCCGCUCGCCUGACGAGACCCCUGUAUUCCGCACAACUCUGCUGCGAUACCGCAUGGAGACGACGGGCGACGUGCCGUCAAACAACUCGUCGCUCUUAAGUGAAGACGAACGCGAGUUGGACUCGGAUCUGAGCGCGACCGGCUUUGUGAUCGGCACGCAGAGUCUGAAUCCGGCAGACACUUCCGGCGCCAAGCUGCUGCCGGAACGUGACGGCAUUGAACCGUCGGCACGUCUAGUGUGGGCGGAGCUGGCGCAUUCCAUCGAAAUGCUGCAAGUAACCGACCGCGUAACUGGAGAAGACAAGUACGUGCAAGUGCGGUGGGCCGGCAGGAACAACUACGGCACGCCAUUCGACGCGCACCGGAACGCCGCCGACAUGGUCACGACACUCAUGCGCUGGGAGCUCGGUACGAUCGCGCCUGCCCUCCAACUGAUCCCGAACUCCGACACCGAACCGAUGAACUCGAACUAG